ACCGGCAGCCGCUCAGUCACCGUCCACCUCCGAAAUGGCUCCAUCCCCGUCCAAGCUGGCCUACGCCUUGUACGAGGUGACCACUCAGACGAGUAAAAAGGUGCUCAAUUUUGUGCUAGAGGCGGGCACUCCCAGGAGACAGGCUGGCAAGACCUUUUGCGAGUACCUCAUAGAGGUGAAGUCGAUUUCAAGGACAACUUUCCGGAAGAAGUUUAAUCAAAGUCAAAGAAAAAAGAUGGAGAAGAGUGGUGAUAUCAUGACAUUUGAUGUCUCGCUCAUUUGCUUAUGCAUAGAAUUCGGCUGUGAUGGACUGGCACCCCCGGGAGAUACUCGAUGGACGACUUCAGCGGACACACUGGAAAGAUAUGUGACAUCCAUCAAGAAUAAAAGGAACGAUUUCCUCCAUGAUGAGUUGGUGGUGGAUGACCAAAACUUUUUUAGGGUGAUAGAGGAGCUGAGAGAUCUGCUCAAUAAAGCCCUCAAGAAAGCAGCAGAAAUCUACAACAUAGAUGAUUAUAUCAUCCAAGGUAAAUUGGAAGAUCUAAACAAAGAGAUCAACAGUCUCAGAGACAAUCCCUCACAGACAUCAGGUUGUCACGGAAUGGUUCUUGACAGACUGCGCCAACAGGUGAAAGUCGAAGGGAAACAGGAGCUGAAGAAGAUUUACAGAAAGGAGUCCAGUUUUGGACCAGCUUCGAAUUUGCUUGGGAAAUCGAAGGUGCGUGUGGACAAAGUCUUCACCACGAUGGAAAUCAUGCAGGGUGGUUCACAUGAGUCCAUCCAAUAUAGUGAGCUUCUUACAAAGGCAGUGGAGAGACGGGAACAGAAAGGGAAAGACUGUUCCGUGUUGCUCAUCGAAGGGCCUGCGGGUGUUGGCAAGACAACCCUCACAAGAAAGAUGAUAAGUGACUGGGCCUCAGGCGCUAGUUCCAUGAAGACUCUCACUGAUUAUGAAUUUGUAUAUUUAAGUAGGUGCCGAGAUGAAAUAAAUUCCCUUGGCCACCUCCUUGGCUCCUUGAUGCCCAAAUUUAAAAUCAAAGUCCAAGGCGAACAUGGUCUAAUUGAGUGCAUUCAGCAAAACAGACUCAUGUUCAUUGUGGAUGGGCUCGAUGAACUUCAUUCAUCAACAGAUAGAGUGCUGAGAGAAAUCAUGGAGAUGGGCAGAACCGACGACAUAACUGUUCUCUGCACAACACGACCCAACAAAGUCCCUGACUUCAACAGAUAUGCACCAGAGAACUAUGACAUUAUGCAUGUCAAGGUUUUGGGUAUAGAAGAGAACAGACGUGAAGAGUUUGUAAGAAAUUAUAGCCAGGCUUUACAAGACCAACACCCCAUGAACAGAGAUAUCUCUGGUCUCCUCCAGUAUCUGGCAAGGAAAGACAGCCGGAUGCAAGCCCACUGGCGGUUCCCUUUCAACUUGGUCCUCGUGACAAUAUUAUGGUUCUUUGAUCCACAUGCUGUGAACAGUCUGACCACUGCGACAGAACUCUUCACAAAGACACAUGAGUUGUGCAUAAAAAGAUUACUUCAGAGGCUGUCUGACCAUGAAGAAACAAGAACUGUCGAGGGUGCUGAACUGAAAGAUAAAGUUAUGAAGCUAAUGAAGAAGCUCUGCAAAGAGGCCUUCAUAAACCACUGUGGGGAUGCUGUAGUUCUGUCCAAGCCUUCAGUACAAAGGCUGAAGGAGGCAUGUCGCCUUCCAAAGCUUCCAGCAAAUGAGGUUCUUGGAGCCUUCCUUAGCCAGGCAACUUCUCUGACUGGUGAUGACGUGAGGUACAGUUUUCCCCAUAAAGGUUUUCAAGAUUUUUAUGCGGCUAUGCAUGUGAUGGAGAUCAUCAUGGCAGAUGAACUGGGACUAAACAUCCCUGAAAUAAUAGAUGGGAUUGAGAACGUUCUGCGUUAUCAAGAAGUUCCUCAAAACAUUAGCAGUUCUCUUCUCCGUGAAUGCAAUUUGCUUUUGUCAAAAUGCCAACGUGAAGCAGCCAGGCAAUUGCCUAGUAUCCAGAGUGUUCUAGAAGAAGAAACCAAGGACGCUGCCAAGUACAACAACAAAGAGAUAAAGCUUAAUUUGAUUAAGUACCAGAACAUUUUCAUUCAUCUCACUGGUUUGCUUCACCUCAGAGGAAAGCCAUUGGCAGAGGAAAGAUCAAAGGAGCUAGUGGAAUUACUCAAGGCCACUGGUAUACGUGAUACAUCUCAGUGGCUUGACUUGCUCUCCGAGGUCAAGUGCGACGGCUCGAUGAGCGAAUUACUUGCCAGAGCGAUGGAUCUCACGAAAGACAUAAGAAUAUCCGACGGCCAUUUAGCUGCAUUCAUGCGUGUUCUGAGCCAUGCACGUCCGUCACUCUUGGUCCUGGACAUCAGGGGAGACCCUGAGGACAUCCCGUGCUUGCGGGAUGUCCUCGUGGGGAUGAUAGACGCGACGUGGGAGGUGGAGCUAAACUUCCGCCACGACUUCCGCCACCCGAGAGCCGGCGGGAGCGUCCUCGAUGAUACUCUUCAGCAGGUUUUUCGAAGUGGACGCCUCAAAGUCACGGUGUUCAGAGGGCAGCUGAGCGGAUCGGCCUUGGCGGCGCUGCCCUCGAGUCUCAUGGAACUAUAUUUGGCCGUGAAGGACGACGACCACUACCAGGAUCUUCUUCCCACCCUGUCCUCUCUCCAAGGGCGGCUUCCACGGCUGAAAUGGAUUGCCUUGCAUGUGCCUGUGGGUCUGGACGCAGCAUCGCUUCGGCCUCUGCCCAGCGUGGAAUAUCCUUCCUUAUAUGUGAGCGGCGUCGAGGAAGCGACGUUCGAGGGGGCAAGUCGGGUCGUCGCGGCGCUGCAGCCCUCGAGAGGGUACUUCCAUCUCCUCUUCCCUGGGGCGUCCGAGGGGGAGGCUCUCGCUCGCCUCGUGGGGCAGCUCGGCCGCGAGGGGGUCCGGGUCAGGGGGGCAGUGCUUGCUUCUCCCCGAAUCAACGGAGGAAGAGAAGGGCGGCUGGGAGGCCUCGUGAGAACGGGGUUGGGCUGUGGCUUUUGGAC